AUGUCCAUCGUAGUUAUUGACAAGAGCGGAGCCGACCGGAUGCGUGUUCCGCUGCAUGGGACGUGCACUUUCGGCCGGGCACCCGAGUGCGACGUCCGGGUGCAAAAGUCGGACGUCUCACGGCAGCACUGCCAGCUCGCCAUCGACGAGAACGGCAAGUGCGUGCUGACGAACCUGUCGUCAACCAAUGCAACGUAUGUCGACUCUGAGGCGGUCGAGACACACAUGAUUCUCGAGUCCGGCAUGAUGUUUGCUGUCGGGCCGCGGUACUUUCGCUACGAGGCGCCCGAGGGCAUCGCGGUGAGCAAGAAGGCCGAGGCCACGCCAGAGCCGGCGCCCACGGCGGCGCCAGCACCUUCGUCUGUUGUCAAGGCUGUCCAGCCGGUGCCUGCGUUCCAGUGGACCGAGUCUGAGGCCUCGCCAACGACCCAGGCCAAGUCUCAGCAGUUGAGGGCGAUGCAGACGCCGCUGCGGCGCGAGAUUGCCGCUCGCGGCUCGCGCCCGAACCCGGUGUUCCAGGACAAGGCCAAUAAGAUGGCCACGCCGCUCAAGCGGGCGCUUUUCCAGGAAGCUCAGGCCCGUCAGCGCACCUUUGCCGAGUUCUCAGACGCCGACGCCGACGCCUCGUUUGCGUCCGACGCAACAGACACUGAGCUCGGCAUGUUUGAGGACGAGGAGCUGUCUAUUAUUGCACCGCGCAAGCUCAUGCAGGUUCUCAACACUCCGCUCAAGGAGGACAUUGCCAAGCGCGGUGCCACCAAGCUUGACGUUGUCUAUGUCUCGGACGCACCAGUUAUGGCGACGCCGAUGAAGAAGGCGAUCCGCAAGCGCGGUGCUGCCAAGCGCGAGGUUGUGCCGGUGGCUGACGCGCCGGUCAUGGCGACGCCGAUGAAGAAGGCGAUCCGCAAGCGCGGUGCUGCCAAGCGCGAGGUUGUGCCGGUGGCUGACGCGCCGGUCAUGGCGACGCCGAUGAAGAAGGCGAUCCGCAAGCGCGGUGCUGCCAAGCGCGAGGUUGUGCCGGUGGCUGACGCACCGGUCAUGGCGACGCCGAUGAAGAAGGCGAUCCGCAAGCGCGGUGCUGCCAAGCGCGAGGUUGUGCCAGUGGCUGACGCGCCGGUCAUGGCGACGCCGAUGAAGAAGGCGAUCCGCAAGCGCGGUGCUGCCAAGCGCGAGGUUGUGCCGGUGGCUGACGCACCGGUCAUGGCGACGCCGAUGAAGAAGGCGAUCCGCAAGCGCGGUGCUGCCAAGCGCGAGGUUGUGCCAGUGGCUGACGCGCCGGUCAUGGCGACGCCGAUGAAGAAGGCGAUCAAGGCCAAGGCCAAUGCGUCGCGCAUCCCUACGCCCAAGACCAUGGCAACGCCGAUGAAGAAGGCAAUCCGCAAGCGCGGUGCCGCCGAGCGUGAGGUUGUGCCUGUUACUGAUGCUCCGACGAUGGCGACGCCGAUGAAGAAGGCAAUCAAGGCCAAGGCUAGCGAGUCGCGCAUUCCGACCAUCAACACGGCUCCGGUCAUGGCGACGCCGAUGAAGAAGGCAAUCAAGGCCAAGGCUAGCGAGUCGCGCAUUCCGACCAUCAACACGGCUCCGGUCAUGGCGACGCCGAUGAAGAAGGCAAUCAAGGCCAAGGCUAGCGAGUCGCGCAUUCCGACCAUCAACACGGCUCCGAUCAUGGCGACGCCGAUGAAGAAGGCAAUCAAGGCCAAGGCUAGCGAGUCGCGCAUUCCGACCAUCAACACGGCUCCGAUCAUGGCGACGCCGAUGAAGAAGGCAAUCAAGGCCAAGGCUAGCGAGUCGCGCAUUCCGACCAUCAACACGGCUCCGAUCAUGGCGACGCCGAUGAAGAAGGCAAUCAAGGCCAAGGCAGCCGAGCCGCGAGCGGCAGUGAGCAAGCCGAUCGAGGAGAACUCCUCCCAGCACAAGAAGACCAGCAAGUCGAAGAAGAAGAAGAGGUCUGCCGUCCGCAAGCCCAUCAAGCACGCUCAGCCAAAGGAGUAUGUGCCGAAGGCUGCGCCUGCCGCUGUCAAGGUUGCGGCUAAGGUUGUGGCUGAGGUCAAGGCUGAGGUCGAGUCCGAGGUCGAGGCUGAGGUCGAGGUCGAGUCCGAGGUCGAGGCUGAGGUCGAGGCCGAGGCUGAGGUCGAGGUCGAGUCCGAAGUCGAGGCUGAUGAGGUCGAGGCCGAGUCCGAGGUUGAGGCUGAGGUCGAGGUCGAGGCUGAGGUCGAGGCCGAGGUUGAGGUCGAGGUCGAGUCCGAGGUCAAGGCUGAGGUCGAGGUCGAGUCCGAGGUCGAGUCCGAGGUUGAGGUCGAGGUCGAGUCCGAGGUCGAGGCUGAGGUCGAGGUCGAGUCCGAGGUCGAGUCCGAGGUCGAGGCUGAGGUCGAGCAAGAGGUCGAGGUCAUUAACUACUCCAAGUGGAAGGUCGUCGAGCUUCGUGCCGAGCUCUCUUCCCGCGGCCUCGCCACUACUGGCCGCAAGGCUGAGCUUAUCGCCCGCCUCGAGUCUGCCCCUACCGAUGCCGCCGACAGCGCUGCUGCCGCAGUCGAGGCCGAGGCUGAGGUCGAGGCAGAGCCCAAGAUCGAGGCAGAGCCCAAGAUCGAGGCCAUCAACUACUCCAAGUGGAAGGUCGCUGAGCUGCGUGCCGAGCUCUCGGCCCGUGGCCUCGCCACUACCGGCCGCAAGGCUGAGCUCGUCGCUCGUCUCGAGGCCAAUGCCUCAGCCCCCGUGUGCUCGUCGGCAGCUGCUGAGGAGACCGAGCCGACUCCCGAGUCAGAGGCCCAGACCGUCGACUACUCCAAAUGGAAGGUUGCUCAGCUCCGCACCGAGCUCUCCACCCGCGGCCUCGACACUACGGGGCGGAAGGCCGAGCUGGUGGCCCGCCUCCAGACCGCCGGCGACGCCUCCACCACUGACGCGAUCAAGGUUGCCGACCAGGCCAUCGAUGCUGAUGACGCUCAGGCCCAGCCGAUUAACUACGCCAAGUGGAAGGUUGUUGAGCUUCGUGCUGAGCUCUCAUCCCGUGGCCUCUCGACCGCCGGCCGCAAGGCUGACCUGGUCAAGCGUCUCGCCGAUCUACAGUGAGGUAUCGUGUCGCGUUAAAUGUGU